AUGUCAGACAAUAAGGGUGAUAAACACAGUUUCGAGCGCCAUGCUUCGGUGGCCCAGCAACGUCGGCUGUCGUUGCAGUUUGAGCGCAAUGCUUGGCUAGGACCGCCAUCUGAUACCAUAUACGCGGGUGUGGCCAGCUCUUUCUCAGAUCAUCACACAUCACUGAUUGCAAUUGCAAUCCGCGAUACUACCUACCUGCUCGACUUCAUCGAAAAGGAGUUUACAAAUGGCCAGGCAUGUGCGGGAGAAGCAACCAACUUCAUCAUAUCCGAGUUGAAGCACUACUCCAAAGAGCAUCUGGAGAAAAUUGUCGGCUUGGCAAUGCCCAGGCAUGUCGCAGACCACUGUCCAGAACUCUGCUCGCGUCUCUGGGCCGAGCUCGACAUCAUUCCAUUGGUUCUGCCAGAAUCGAGCAUGGUAGAUGGGACAAGUGUCGGUCAGUCGAUCAAAGCCCAGGGUCCAUCUGCAGCAAGUGCGUGGGAUCAGAAAACCGUUGAUGAGCAAGCCGAAUCUAUGGCACGUAAGUGCGUGAGGUUGUUUGGACCAGAGAAUAUUCCCUUGUUGCAAGUUGGCUUCCUUGGUCUUGUGGAAGUAGACACAGCCUUUCAUGUGCGUUUAGCCAACCUCAAUGAUUUCAAGAAAACGGUUUCUGGUCGAACGUGGUCAGCAGUGGAACAUUACACCGCUGAUUUGAAAGAACGCAAUGUGAAAAUUGCUUUUUUCAGCGCAACGCCUCAAGGUGGAGGUGUGGCUUUGAUGCGGCAUGCUCUCGUGCGACUCUCGCAUUCUCUGGGCACUGAUAUCAAAUGGUAUGUUCCGAAGCCUCGACCAGGCGUAUUUAGAGUUACAAAAACAAACCACAACAUCCUUCAAGGUGUUUCACAUCCGGACGAACGCCUGACAUCAGAGAACAAGGAAUUGCUGCAAGUGUGGAUCGAAGAGAAUGCAAAACGAUAUUGGGCCCGCAAUGGUGGCCCGCUUCUCGCCCCAUCCGAAGGCGGUGCAGAUGUGAUCAUCGUUGACGAUCCCCAGAUGCCUGGACUGAUCCCUAUUGCCAAAAACAUAGCACCCGAUCGACCAAUCAUUUUCCGAAGUCAUAUCCAAAUUCGAAGUGAUUUGGUUGGCCAGGCUGGGUCUCCGCAAGCAGAAGCGUGGGAGUUCUUAUGGAAGCAGAUCAAGCUUGCCGAUUGCUUUAUCAGUCAUCCUGUGAGCGCCUUUGUGCCGCAGAAUGUACCACCGGAAAUCGUGGGUUAUAUGCCCGCAUCAACCGACUGGCUGGAUGGACUGAACAAGAACAUGCGGGACUGGGAUGUGGCGCACUACGGCCGUGUCUUCAAUGCAGCUUGCAGGAAUUCGGAGAUGGCACCUAUCCAAUACCCAGAAGAAUCCUACAUCGUGCAAAUUGCACGCUUCGAUCCAUCAAAGGGAAUAUUUGAUGUGCUCGACUCAUACAAAAAGUUCUAUCACAGGCUAGUAGAAGAGCGUCCAGACCUAACACCCCCAAAGCUAUUGAUCUGCGGGCAUGGAUCUGUAGACGAUCCCGACGGGGGUCCUAUCUACGACGAUAUAAUCGACCACCUAGAAAAUGAGGUCCCUGAUAUUCGGCAUCUGAUUUGCGUGAUGCGCCUAAAGCCAUCUGAUCAAGUCCUUAACGCCCUCUUGUCCAAGGCAGUCAUCGCCCUGCAAUUAUCAACGCGCGAAGGGUUCGAGGUGAAAGUCUCGGAAGCAAUCCACAAGGGUAAACCAGUGAUCGCAACGCGUGCCGGUGGUAUCCCACUGCAAAUCGAAAAUGGUAAGAACGGCUUCUUAGUCGAUGUCGGGGACACUGAUACUGUGGCACGACAUCUCUUCGAGCUGUGGACGGAUGAAGAUAUGUACAAUCGCAUGUCGGAAUAUGCUAUCCACCAUGUCAGCGAUGAAGUCGGUACCGUUGGCAAUGCCCUAAACUGGCUCUAUCUUGCGUCAAAACUAUCCCGUGGCGAACCCGUCCGACCCAAUGGACGCUGGAUCAAUGACCUCGCAUUCGAGGAAAUCGGUGUUCCUGUGGGAGACGCACCACGGCUAACUCGCGCAGUCGAAGUUGAGAAAAUGGGCUAG